AUGAUAAGCACUAUCAGCAGUGGCCCCACCGUUGAGGGAAUGAGCAACCGUUCAAUGAAGCAAUACAUGCACGCCGCACAGUUUCCUCAGGUAUUUGGCAUAGAGGUGAAUCGGCACCAUGAAGUACCAAAAGUUCAUUGGGAACCGAUCACAUUUUGCGAAGAGGAGGAAGAGGGAGUCCUCUAUCCCCACGACGACCCGAUGAUCAUCCGAGCAGAAAUUGCCGACUACGAUGUAGGACGAGUACUGAUCGAUACCGGGAGUUCCGUCAACCGGCAGUUGACACCUUUGUUAAGUUUCUCUGGGGACCUGGUCCAACCGAUCGGCAGUGUAAAACUGCCAAUUACCUUCGGUACCGCACCAAGGAAAACAACGGUAUACGAUCAGUUCCUCAUCGUUGAUUGCCCGACAGCGUACAACGUCAUAGUUGGACGAACGGCACUCACCAGGGUUAAGGCACAUCUUUCCCCUCACAUGCUAUUGAUGAAGUUCCCGACCCCCAACGGCACAGGAGCUGUCCGGGGAAAUCAGCUAAGUGCGCGGACUUGCUACGCCACGGCUCUCAAGGCAACCUCUUUCAAACUCCCCGACGAGACCAUGUCUGUGCAGGGGUUACUGAACGGUACGGGACCAGUUGACUACCCAAGAGACGAGUCCCCGACUCCUCACGCACAACCCGCCGAGGAACUGGAGACGGUAACCUUGAGCGAUGAACAGCCGGAUCGUCAGGUUAGAAUCGGCACAAGACUCACUCCUGCCCUCCGAACGCAAUUCAUAAAUUUCUUGCGGCACCAUUCGAAAGUGUUCGCAUGGUCGUAUGAAGAUAUGCCCGGCAUCGCCCCGGAGGUCAUCAGCCAUAAACUCAGCAUUUCCCCCGCUUAUAAGCCCGUAAGGAAGAAGCGCCGAUCGUACGAUGCCGAACGAUACGAAGCCAUGCGUACAGAGGUCGACAAACUUCAAACCAUCGGCUUCAUCAGAGAAGCUACGUAUCCGGUAUGGCUGACAAAUUCCGUGAUGGUGAGAAAGGCUACAGGCGGGUGGCGAAUGUGCCAAGACUAUACCGAUCUCAACAAGGCCUGUCCGAAGGACAGCUUUCCGUUGCCACGGAUAGACCAGCUUGUGGACGCUACUGCCGGCCACGAACUACUCAGCUUCAUGGACGCCUAUUCCGGCUACAAUCAGAUAUUCAUGCACCCUUCCGACAGCGAACACACCGCAUUCAUAACGGACAAAGGGCUGUACUGUUACAAUGUCAUGCCGUUCGGCUUGAAGAACGCCGGGGCAACAUAUCAGAGGCUUGUCAACAAAAUCUUCGCUGGAUACAUCGGCAACAUCAUGGAGACUACCGGAUGA